CCGGGAGGGACACUGUGGAGAGCAUGUCGCUGAUUUUACGCGCCGAGCUUUCCACUUUUUACUUUCCACGCUGCUUCUUACUUGUGCUGAUUCAUCCGAUGUCUUAGAUCACCUUUCCGGUCAUUUAAAAAUGUCGGGCAUGCUGUAACAUAUUGACGGGGACUUCUGCGGACUUACCGGUCGACUGACACACGGAGGAAACCUUGGCUGGUCUGAGGCAUUACAGCCGGGGCGACAUGAGCGCAGGAAAGCGCAUGAGGAUGGACGCACCUGUCAUCAUUCUGCUCAUCCACCUGACCCAUACUGAGAUUAGAGCACUGCUGGCCAGCAGGGUGGAAGUAGACACCAGAUGCCCCCUCGGCCAUUUCCCAUGUGGGAACAUAAGUGAGUGCCUUCCACAGGCUUUGCAGUGUAAUGGACACAAGGAUUGUCCCAAUGGAGCUGACGAGCGUCGCUGUGGGGACAAUUUUGGAUGGGCGGACUUAUUUGGUCAAACGCUACACAAUACCAAUCCUGUGGACCAGUACUUCCUGAAUGAGUGUUUCUUGCAGGAGUAUCCAGCGAGUUGUGACUGCAUACAGACAGACGUAGAGUGCGUGGAAGUCAACCUGCAGGAUGUCCCUCUACUCUCUCCAAAUGUCACCUGGCUGUCACUGAGGAGCAAUGAGAUCCGAGUGUUGUCAGAUUUUGUUUUUUCGGAAUACUCUGCCCUAGAGAGACUGUUUCUGCAGAACAACAGCCUCCAGUUUAUAUCCAAACAUGCCUUCAGCGGCAUGCACAAUUUAAAGAGAUUGUUUCUUAGUGAGAACUUGAUUUCCUCCCUUAGCCCCGGUGUGUUCAAUGAUCUCCAUCAGUUAGAGUGGCUGAUGUUGGAUCAUAACCCACUAAGCCUCCUGUCCCAGGAUACUUUCAUUGGGCUCCAGUCUCUCAUGUAUCUAUCCAUGGUAGACACCUCGCUGCAGCAUCUUCCUCACCCCAGCUUCUGUCAACACAUGCCCGCCUUGGACUGGCUGGAUCUUGAGGGAAACCAGAUUCAAACUCUCAACUACUCUAUCUUAAAGACCUGCAGCAAGCUUGAAGUUCUAUUACUGAUGGACAACAGGAUCAGAAGAAUUCCUGAAAACACCUUCCAGUCUCUGUGGAAACUGGCUGAACUGAAUCUGUCCAGCAACAGGAUAAGGGAGCUGCCAAAAAACACCUUUAAGAACCUCUCCAAGUCCCUCCUUAAACUAAAUAUUUCCCACAAUCCUCUUCUCCACAUUCACCCCAGCCACUUCAACCACCUGAUACAUCUUCAGUCUCUGGCUCUGGAGGGGAUAGAGAUCCCAGACAUUCAGACGAAAAUGUUCCUGCCUAUGAAGAACCUCUCCCACAUAUACUUUAAGAAGUUCCAGUACUGCUCUUAUGCACCCCAUGUCAGAUCCUGUAAGCCCAACACAGAUGGCAUCUCUUCCUUUGAGGACCUGUUGGCUAACAUGGUGCUGCGUGUGUCUGUCUGGGUCAUGGCCUUCAUCACCUGCUUUGGUAACCUCUUAGUAAUCGGCAUGAGGUCACUGAUACGAGCUGAGAACAACCUGCAUGCUGCCUGCAUCAAAGUCCUCUGCUGUGCAGACUGCCUCAUGGGAGUGUAUCUGUUUUUCGUUGGAGUGUUUGAUGUGAAAUUCCGCGGGCAGUACAAUCGUAACGCCCUGCUUUGGAUGGAGAGCGUGGAGUGUCGGACCAUUGGAUUCCUGGCCAUGCUUUCCUCAGAGGUGUCUGUUCUCCUCCUGACCUACCUGACUCUGGAGAAGUUCCUGGUCAUUGUCUUUCCCUUCAGCAAUCUGCGCCCGGGCAAACUUCAGACUGGGGUGGUCCUAGUCUCUAUCUGGCUACUGGGGUUCAUUAUUGCAGCAGUGCCCCUAAUGAAUGAGGACGUGUUUGGAAACUACUACGGACGUAAUGGGGUCUGCUUUCCCUUGCACUCAGACAGGCAAGAAAAACCUACUGCCAAAGGAUACUCCACAGGGAUCUUUCUGGGUCUAAACCUGGUGGCAUUCCUGGUGAUCGCCUUCUCCUACUCCAGCAUGUUCUACUCUGUCUACAAAACUGGCAUCAAUGCAACAGACCUGAGGAGCAGACUGCACAGAGAUGUGGCCGUAGCCAACAGGUUUUUCUUCAUAGUGUUCUCUGAUGCCCUCUGCUGGAUUCCCAUAUUUAUGGUGAAAAUCCUCUCACUGCUGGAGGUGGAAAUACCUGGUACCAUCUCCAGCUGGGUUGUCAUUUUUAUCCUUCCCAUCAACAGCGCCCUGAACCCCAUCCUGUACACCUUGACCACCAGCUUCUUCAGAGAGCAGGUGGAAGUCUUACUCUGUCGCUGGCAGAGACGACACACGUUAAAAAAAGACCGCAAAAGCCUCACCUCCUCCACAAUCUUGAUGGAGAUGCCACGGGCUCCUUUCUACCAGCUACCAGCCUACCUCCAGCGGGUGUCACUGACUGGCGCAGAUCCUCGGUACGCCUGAGGAAGGCAGGAACUUUUCUGGCACUUUGUAAACUACGGGUCGAGGGCCAAUUACUGGUUAUAUCUGUGGUCCCCUACGUGACGGUAGCACUGGUGUGUUUUAACGAGACUGACCUCCCAGCGGAAGAAACAUAACAAUCACUGUGCUGUCUCAUCAUGCUCUGAUAUGUUCCACAUUUGUAGAAAUGACCACAAUUACACGCUUUUAUCUAAAGCACUUUUUUUACCCUACGUAUACGCACAGUUAGCACCUUUCGGGUCCUGCUAAAAGUCACUUUGUGUGGGCACGAGGAGCCAGAGAUCAAACCGCCCACCUUACAAUUAGUGGAUGACCCUUUGUACCAGUGGAGCUACAAUUGCCCCCAUGCUUGCAUGCUUGUGUGGCCAUACAUUUGAUAUUCCUCCGGGUGAGUUUACAGUAAAGUGACGAAGAAGAGGAGACGGUGAAAUAAUAAAUACCAGCAUAUACUGUACAUCUCGCUGCCACCCUGAGGAUGAUCACAAUGAACUUCUCUUCAAGCAAGAAAAGUACUUAUUUUCUAGAAUACAUAAUGUCCCACAGAUGUUAUGUUUUACUUUAGUGAACCCUUCUUUUGUCAGAUUACGGAGCUAGAACAGGAGAGGUAACUGGGAGAAAAGCAUCCAAAUAUCUCUUUUAUCUCACAGACACUGUUUUCUAUUAUUGAUUUACUUAAGGAUGUCACAGAUGUAAUGCUCAUGAGCCGCUGAGCUGAGAAAUGGGUUCAAGGAUAAAUGGUUUUAGUCCCAACAAAAACAAAGAAUGAGUCUUGGACUGCAUAAAAUGUAGCACUCAAACAUGGUUUAUGGAAUUAUGAUGCAGACAUAACAAAAUGAAAAUGCAAAUCAGCAGUUUUAUAUGUUUUCAUUGAAUGUGCACCAAAACAAGCAUAUCUGAAAACUAAAAUCCAGCUCGCAUUGUUUUAUUUGACCUAUUAAAAUGCAAAUGCAAGUCAAUUUUACAUGUCAUUUUAGUAUCUUCUAUAACACAUUUCAAAUAACACAAUUGAAUGUAUGCAUUUAUUAUGCAAUCCAAAUAAUCCAUGACAUUUGUUCUGCUCUCUGCUUCACCCCUCUGUAUUUAUUCUCUCUGCUCUUUUGUUGUCGUCUCUUUCUGGUAAGGUCUCUUUGCACCAUCAGUUGCUGGGUUUACUGGUGCGAUUAGUUUUACUGAUGAGAUUGUCUUCUGUAAUACCCUGCUAGGGAAAAUGUAGAAAUAAAACUGCAAAUGAAGGAGUACAUUUGCAUUUUAGCAUGUGUGAUCAUGCAAAAUUAUCAUAUAAAUGCCACAAAUGUUAUUUAAUUAAUGAAACAGAUCUAAUAAAAUAAAACAUUUACUGACAUGGUAAAUUGUCAUUUUUGACACAUGAUAUUAAUGGUUCUGUUAAAGAUUUCUACUAUCAUCAAAUGUGAUAAGUAUAAAAAUGACAAUAUAAACUGAGCUUUUGCAUUUUGAAUUAUGUAAAAAUGAAAUGUAAUUUCCAAAGUGAAUGUUACUGAAUGAAGAAAAGAUUAUAACUACCUGUACAAAAUAUGAGAGAAACAGUCAAUGGGAGAAAAAACGUGAGAGAAAGAGACUUAAUCAUCGACAGUCACUGAAUGUUGCACAUCAGUUAUGUGCAGAAGCAGCUUCCUGUUCCCCACUGACUGUAAACCGAUGCCCAUUUCCCCCAUAUUUUUAUGUCGUUCUGAUAUAACUAGUGUAAUCUGAAUUUUUCCUUACUUGUUUGUCACAUGCCAUUUUGUACACUCCAUCUGCAUGUACAGUAGGUGCUCCCAUUCAUUAUAAAUCUGAACCAAUAUGCUGCAGCACGUUGAUACCAUUGAAUCAUACUUUUCUUUACCUUUCUUAUAACCUGGACUGGAUUAAAAUGUUUGGUUAAGGAGUACCAUGCUGCAUUUAAUUCACUAAUCCAAUACAUGUUGGAUUUAUUUAAUUCAGUUGUGUUGUCACUGUGCUUGUCAGACAUUACUUGGACUGUUCUAACUUUGGUUCAUGUUUGUAUUUAUACUUUUUUAUACUGAUAUAUACUGUAGUAUGACUUUUUGCUGCCUUUUAACAGUUGCUUUAAUUAAAUGACAAUCAUCAGCCAGAUAAUGGUGAAAGAAGACCAAAACAGGGAGGGUUAUAAGUGGAGAGAAGAGGUGGUUUAUUGAUUGUACAAAUUUCUGCAAAGCAUACCAAGACGUGGAUCCCCCUCUGAUGAAAUAAGGUCUAUCAUUUCAUAUUAUACUGUGCAAAUGUGCAUAUGUUUAUUUUUGUUGUAUAAUAUUUGGUACAGGAGACUGUUUUCUCUGUGUAUGUUCUGUAUAUCAUUGUGUUUGUUGGA